AUGCAAGGUUUUGAUAUCGUGGCGGGAGGCCAGCUGGCUUCUUUGCCAGCCUUCAAAGAAAAAUUUGGCAUCAAACACGACGGUACUUACAUUAUUCCGGCGCACUACCUCUCCGCCUGGAACUCCAUUGCGCCCGCGACCGAAGUCGUUACAACUUUCAUUUUUGUACCGCUUCUAGAUAAGUUCGGCCGCAAAUGGGGCAUUCUCGCUGCCAUGCUUAUAUCAUGUGCUGGUGUUGUUCUCCAACAAAUGGCAGACAAUUGGCGAGUACAUCUGGCUGGCCGGGGCGUCAACGGCAUCGCCAUCGGAAUGAUGUUUACAAUUUCACCAUUGUGGAUCGGCGAGACAUGUCGCCCGGAGCUCCGUGGCUUCUUCCUUUGUUUUUUCAACACCAGUAUUGUCGUUGGACAGUUUGCUAUUGUCAUAGUCGCCGAGGGCAGCAGCCAUAUCACCACAAAAUGGCAGUGGUGGCUCCCUGUUGUUGCCAUGUACUUCUUCCCUCAAUCACCAUACUGGCUGAUUCGCCAUGGCCGCCCCGACGAUGCGAAGAAAUCAUUGCGCCGUAUCUACGGAUUCAAGGAAGCCGAAUACUACGACAUCGAGGUAACUCGGAUUCAGGAAGAAAUCCGUCUUACCAGCCAGCUGCACGGCUAUGACGAUUCCAAGCCACCUCGGCGCUUCUUAGGAGUACGAGUCGAAGAGGAAUUGCAGUGUUUUGAUAAAAUGAACCGAAAACGCACAUUCACGGCAAUCUUCUGCGCAUCAGCACAGCAAAUGAUCGGUGCAACAUUUGUGAUUGGAUACGCAACGUACUUUUUGCAACUCAUUGGCAUCGGCAACUACUUUGCGGCUUCUUCUGCCCUCUACGCCGUCAUGCUGCUGUCCAGCAUUGCGGCCUUCCCCCUUACCGAAAUGUACGGUCGCCGAUUUCUCAUUGUUCGCCCUCAGUUCGUCUUGUGUUUCAUGCUUCUCAUUAUUGGCAUCUUGGGCUGCGUUCCCAACAAGGCCAAGGCAAGCUGGGGCAUCGUGGCCAUUCUUUAUGUUUGGGCAAUCAUCUACCAGCUAUCGAUCGGCGCGACCGGCUUCGUGUUAGCCUCUGAGGUUGCCACAAUGAGACUUAGGGCGGCGACACAGGGUCUGGUCACCAUUACGAACUCCAUUUGGGGUCUGAUUAGUAAAUUCCUCUCCCCGAAGACACGCGCCAUUGCUGAGAAACUCAUUCCGCUGACUUUGAAUGAUCUAGUGCAAUUCACCGUCCCAUACAUGAUCAACACAGAUGCAGGGAAUUUAGGAGGCAAGGUUGGUUUUAUUUUCCUUGGUCUUGGACUCAUGGCUGCUGUCGGUGGCUAUUACCUGUUUCCAGAGACGAAAGGCCUUUCGUUUGAACAGAUCGAUGAGCUCUACGCGAUGAAGGUACAUCCUAAGCACUUCAAGAAAGUCGCGGAAGAAGCAGCUGGCCGCCACAUCAUCCCCGAAUUCAAUAUGCCCUCCGUACUUGCCGACAAGGAAGGUGUCCAGGUCGAGACCGUUUAG